AUGAAGGAGAAGGAGGAAGAGGAAAAGAAGCUAGAAGUAAGUAGAGGAGGAAGAAGAAGAAGAAAAAAAAGAAGAAGGGAGGUGGAGGAAAAGGAGAAGAAGACGACAGAGGAAGAGGAAAAGAAGCUAGAAUUACAGGAUGGAUCUUAUCUGGCUGAAUUCUUGAUUGAGAAGGGAUACACAGUCCAUGGAAUUAUUAGGAGGGCAAGUACUUUCAACACAGGUCGUAUUGAACAUCUCUACAAGGAUCCAAAGACACACGAAGCUGGAUCCAUGGUACUUCAUUAUGGUGACCUGACUGACAGUACGUGUCUAGUGAAGAUCGUGAGCAAAGUCCGUCCCUCAGAGAUCUACAACCUUGGUGCACAGAGUCAUGUUAAGGUAUCCUUUGAAAUGGGAGAAUACUCUGCUGAUGUCGAUGGUCUUGGAACGCUCAGGCUCCUGGAUGCCAUCAGGACCUGUGGUCUGGAUGACUCUGUCAGGUUCUACCAGGCGUCUACCAGUGAGAUGUUUGGCAAGGUUCAAGAGAUACCCCAAAAGGAGACCACGCCCUUCUAUCCCCGCUCCCCUUAUGGUGCAGCCAAGCUGUAUGCGUACUGGAUCACGAUAAACUUCAGAGAAGCCUAUAAUAUGUUUGCUUGCAAUGGUAUCCUAUUCAACCAUGAGAGCCCAAGGAGAGGUGAAACAUUUGUGACCAGAAAAAUCACAAGAGCUGUUGCCAAGAUUCACCUAGGUCAGCAGGAAGACUUGAGACUAGGAAACAUCGACUCACAACGUGAUUGGGGACAUGCUAAAGAUUAUAUAGAGGCCAUGUGGCUGAUGUUACAACAAAAAGAACCAGAAGACUUUGUAAUAGCAACAAAUCAAGUUCACAGUGUGAGGGAGUUUGUACUAGCUUCAUUCAAAUGCAUUGGAGUAGACAUUGUGUGGGAGGGCAAAGGAGAAGAAGAAAUUGGAAAAGACAAGGCAACUGGAGUCGUACGAGUAAGAGUGGAUCCCAAGUUCUACAGACCAACAGAAGUGGUAAGUGCCCAUCUGCUACUAAUUGGUGAUGGGGGAAUUGGGAGAUCUUUAUCUCUUAUUCAUUUUCAUAGAGGUUGGGAUUUUUUAAGUUGAAAAAUGUCCAAAUAUCUGUUCAACACUGAUUUCAGCACUACAUGUACAGUAUGCACACAAAAUCCACCCAAUAUUAUAUUCAAUUCAAUAUUUUGUCUUGGUAUUUUUUUCUCAAGAAAACUCAACUUGAUUUCUUUCCUGAUUAUGCUUUUUAAAAAAUCUUUUAAAUUUGCAAAAUUCAGUGCCCAGCUGGCAAGCUUGUAUGCCUAAAGAUUUUUCAUGUGAGUGAGAGAAGUUACAUACUGCCCUCUUUUGGCAAAAUGCAACACAGCUUCUAAAUCCCUAGUUAGUAGUCUUUCUGGUCAGGCACCUAUUGAGUGUUUCUAGUUGCAAUGGUUUGUGUUGUGUUCAGAGAGAGAGAGAAAGAAAUGAGGGGUGGGGGGGGGGCGAGUAAGAGGUUUACAUGUAGGAAGAAAGAAAAGUUGAUUAUCAGACAAGAAUCAUCAAGCGAAAAAGAAGCAAAAAAUUAAUCUCUCUAAGAUAACUCUUAAGUAUUAAAAGGAAAGGUAAGAAAGAAGUC